AUGGCUGAAAAUAUUUAUCACACUGUUAAACUUUUCUUGUAUUAUUCACAAAUAUUCGGUUUAAAUCCGGUUGUUUUAAGAAAAAAAAAUUCUGAAAAUUAUUUUCAAAUAUUUUGGAUCGGUAUUUUUUAUAGUCUUUCGCUGGCUGCUUUUUUGUGUUUUUCUUUUCAAUUUUCCAUCGGUAACAUCAACAUGUUUGCUGAUAAUGACUCUGAUAUUAUAAAAGUCUCAGAAAGAAGUUUGUCCAUUUAUGAAUUCAUAUCAUUUUUUGUUUCCUGGUGUCUUUUCGAUAUCGUCAGUUGGACAUUCAUACUUGUUGUAUUUAGUUUUUUGUAUCUUGUUUAUAAGAAAUUUUUUCAAAUAAAUCAAAAACUGGUUAAAGUAUUAUCAGACUAUGAUAAAACGGAUCCGGAACAUUUAGAUUUUACUGAAAAAAUAUUUUUUGUAACGCAUAGAAUAAUUGAAGGAGAAAGAGUACCAACUCCUCAUCCAACAAAUAAUGCAGAUAUGAGAAAAUACGUUAUAAAAAAAGUUAAACAAAUUCGUCAUUUACAUAUUCUUCUCGUUAAAAUAUCACAGGAUUUAAAUAGAAUUUUUUCAACGAGAAUCCUUACCAUCGUUUCAUUGAAUGUUAUACUUUUGUGUUUUAGUAGUUUUCUUCUUAUUCUUAUGCUUGUCUUAGGAAGAAGAGAUAGCGUUUUGGGAACUGCUGUUAUAUGGGUUAGUGUAAGAUUUUUUCCUACUUGUGUACUAAUUGCGCCAUUUUGUUUGGUUUCAAAUGAGGCUGACAGAACUUCAGCUCUUGUCCAUUUAUACAUGAGUAAAGUUGAAGAUGUUGAUUUACUUGAACAGCUUAAAAUUUUCUCCAUGCAAUUAAACAAUCGUAAAUUAACAUUUACCACACAUGGAUUUUUUGAUUUGGAUGGCAAAACAAUACUUUCGGUAAUAGGUGCCUCAUUUGCUUAUCUCGUUGUACUUCUUCAGUUUCAUAUGACGAUGAAUACUCUUAAACAGAGUAAAGAUAAUACUACUUCAAAUUAUAAAGAUACAAUGGCUUAA